AUGCCUUUGACAAAAGUAACUCCAAGGAAACCAGGGUUCCUGUGUUCCAUUUGUCUUCACAGACUUCCAUCGCAUGAAGAGUGGAGAGAACAUCUCAUCACCUGUGCCUCUGAGGACAUGAAGAAAAGACAAUACGAGUGUGGCCUUUGUGAUAAAGCCUUUGCAAAACCGUCACUACUCGCCCGACAUCAAAAGAGAGUACACACUACACCACCAGCAAACACAUCGGCGACUGUUACUAGCUGUGUGGCUGCCGUAAGUGAAGAAACGGACGAUGACCUGGCAUGGCAGCAGGAUCCAGGAGAACUCAUCUUUGAUCCCGACCUUGAAUCUGGAAGAACCAUUAGAAAAGCAACAACACCUUCCUUACCUGGAAUGAAGAGAAAAAUUGUGGAAGAGAGUCCAGUCCCCAACACAUCUACAGAAAGUAUUUUGGAUAAAGACAAGUCUGAGGAUUCAAGUGCAGCUUCGCUACCAUUCCAUUGUCCCUGUUGCAAGACUCUGAGUUCUAAGAGCGAUGUGGGUGUACAAACUGAUGGAGGCAGUCACAAGAAAACGGUAAGGGUCAUCAGAAGAUACCAGAAAGACGGAGAAAGCAUUGAGAAGUUCGAGGAAGAAGUUUGGAACGCAUGA